CACUUUUACUUCUCUCUCCACUACACCCAAUUUUAGUGCACCCUAAACGCGACAUCACCGCAGACCGCAGACACAUCCCGUUUUCCAUCAACCCAUACCUAGCCUCUCCAUCACCAAUCUCCCAAUUACCAGUACAAAGACGGAGAGGUCAUCCGGCACAUAGCAGUGGCAUCCAUUACGAAGUCGCAUUUUCCCAUCUAUCCGCCCCAUAUAUCCAAUCCACCAUACCACACGCAUAUUCGCCCGAAUCGUUUUGCGACCGCAUAAUCCGAAUCUUAGAACUGCGAGUUCAUCCGAAGUUCAGCGAGCGAGCCGAGCGAGCGUGAACCAUACUACAUGAUGGCGUCUGCGUCGUUUAGAGAAUCGAUGAACUCUCUAGGGUGGUCACGUCGCGAUCGAGACCGUGAUUAUACGGCCAACACGACACAAACUUCCGGACUCUUAUCUUCUAUGAAGUCGUUGAACCCGUUUGGAGACCGCGGAUAUGUACAACUCCCCACUACAGAGGGUGCUGGCGCCCCCUUGCCAGCCAGCAACCGUCGUGACGAGGAAGAGGGCUGGUUCGUCCUGAGUCGAUGGGACCGAAUGUUAAUAUUUGGUGCCUGUAACUUGGGUGCACUGGCCUGCUUUGUGCUCUGUUUUGCUCUAUGGCCUAUCCUCAUGACCAAGCCUCGCAAGUUCGUCAUAUUAUGGUCUUUCGGCUCGGUACUAUUUCUCUCUUCCUUUGCCGCCAUGAUGGGACCUAUGGCGUACGCCCAGCAUUUAAUGUCUGGAUCACGAUUGCCUUUCACCGCGGCGUAUUUUGGCUCUAUUGCGUUGACUAUAUACUUCUCUGUAGGGCUUCACAGCACAACACUGACUUUGUUGGCUGCCAUCUUCCAACUUGUCUGUCUUCUAUGGUAUCUUGUCAGUUACUUUCCGAUGGGUUCAAGUGGACUACGGCUUGCCACCAGCUUCGGUGCGCGGAGGGCAGCGGCCUGGGUGACUGGUUAGCCUGCAUGUACUGUACAUUACGACGUUCUCGAUGUGUUGCGGCCAUCCUCUUGUUGGCCUCGCCUUCCUGUUAUAAUAAUCCGCGAAUCCAUGUUAGACUGUAAGGAAACGUCAUGACUAAUGAAAGAGACAUGUGAAACAUUUUUGGGGGUAGACCGAUAUUUAUAUGCACCUUGGACAUAUUUAACAUAUAUUACUACCAGUUGGAUAUAAUUAAUACAUAGCGAGUCUAUUUUUCUAGUGUCUGAGAUAGCACACGGUAAAGGAUCCGCGUCUCCCGCACACCUCACCCGACAAGUUUAACUAGGAUAACCUAUUGGAAGUCAGUCCGGAGCUUCCAUAUAUUAAACCUG